AAAACCUCAUGAGCUGGGAAAAUGUACUUUUAUAUUUUUCAGAAACUUGAAACAUAAUUCAGGUCUGAGGGGGUUAAAAACGAGGAAUAGUACGAACGAUUUAAUAGGAAAGUUGGAAGUGCACACUGUCGCGUGGUGACUUUUCCCUAGAGAUUACUGUAACACUGCGGUAGAGUAUCUUUGAUUAUGUUGUAUGAUAGUUUAUUCCUUCCCGUUAGUUUGCACAAUGGACCCCUGUGGAGCGGCUUUGUACUGCCUGUAUAAAAACGACGAGGUGCCGCUUGGCGUGAAAUCUUCUUUGUUUCAAGAUUUUUGGUGCAGUUUUCUGAAAGCUUGGAUCUUGGAAAUCCUGAGCAAGCUGAUUGCUUUCGUCCCCUCUACUCCCACUUGCUGUUUGCCGAGCACCAGCGCUUUUGGCCACGCUGCUCCACAUGGUUCUCCCUACAUAUUGGAAGUGCUGGCUUAUUGUGCCCCAGAAUGCGGCAGAAAUCUGCUCCAGCCCAAAGCAGAUGGCCGUGUUCGUGGACCCACUCCGUCACUCCUGUUCCCCACCAUAUGACAUUCACACGUGGUACUGGCGGCAGGUGUACCUGGUAACCGUUCUGGCCAUGAUGCUGGCAGUGUUCUUUGCCCAGAUACACCCUCAUUACUUGACCAAGAAGUGGCAGAAGCUUCGCUCUGUUAUAUUCUGUGCUGUAGCGGGAUACGGCCUAAUCCCUACCUUUCAUUGGAUCUGGCUCAGUGGGGGUUUCAGCUCAGACAUAGUCCAGGAAUUUAUUCCCAGAGUGCUGAUAAUGUAUGUACUUGCUGUAGCUGCUAUCAUCUUCUACAUGUCGAAAGUUCCAGAGCGUUAUUUUCCAGGUCAGCUGAACUACUUGGGCUCCAGCCAUCAGGUCUGGCACAUACUGGUGGUGCUCAUGUUCUACUGGUGGCAUAAGUCUACACUUUUCAUAACCGGCUACCGUCACUCUCACCCGUGCCCAGACUACCAUCUUCAUUCCUAGAGGAAUGUGGGAUCGGAGGAACACGGCUGUAUUUUAAACGUCUUUAAGCUUGAACACGUUCAGUGUUUUAUAUACGAGUGUGUGGUGUAUGGAUUUUUCUUGUGAGCUAUUUUGACACUUUUUAUACUUUUUGUUUAAGUGCCUAGAUGUGUCAGUCUAAAUAGAAAUAAAUGGGCACUUGAUCAAGGUAAGCAGUGUUAGGCUUUUAAAAGCACUUUUAAAACUCGAGGGGAAGCACCAUUUUACAGCAUCUGCAUACGUGGGCUUCUUCUUGAGUUCUGUGGGGCAAAGCAUUCAGUAUUGUCUGCUCAAUAGUAUUUGUUGUUUGCUCUUUGUAUUUGAACCUAAAAUUCAACGAUUCACAAGCUUAAUAAUUCCACAUUUUGAUUUGUUUGUGUAAAGUUUUAAAUGAAUGUAUACAACAUAAGUCUAAAUGAGACUUUGUUAUAUAGUCUUGUUUAGAACAUUGAAUAAACCAAAGAGAUUUGUUCCAUAUUGAAAAGGUCUUAAAAUGGUGAAAAAUAAAUUUUGCAGGGUGUCGCACAGCCUUGCCAUGUUGUAAAUACAUGCAUCAGGAUUAUUUGUAUAGAUGUAGGCUGAUUACUUCUUAUUUAACUUUAGUUUAUCAUUACUAAUUUAAAAAUUCUCUCAUGCAAUUAAUGCAUUGAACACUACUCUGUUUAUUGCAUUUCAGUGGUUUGUAAUUAUAUGUUGAUCAAGUCCCUAAGCCCUAAUUAGGACUGCAAUUAAAAUAGUUACAUGGAUUCAAUACAUUUUCUGCCUUACAACAGUUAACAGUGUAUAGCCAUGCAAUUGUAUUUGUUUUUUAACCGUAGAACAAACAAUAUGUCUUCAAUGCUUAAUGGUAGGGUGACGUGGUGUUUUUCAUGAUGCUGCACAAUGUAACACUUUUAACUUUUUUUUUUUACAUUGGUAAUAUGUCGGGAUAUGAAUUUCUAUAGUACAGCUGAAUAAACUUUUACUUCGUUUUUUUUCUUCCAAGUGAA